AUGGACCCAGUCAGCCGGUCGAGCAAUCCGCUAUACCAUCCGGCCCAGCAGGCCCGGCCUCCGCUUCCGUCCGGCUCACCCUCCCGCUUCGCCCUUCACCCAUUCUACAAUCGUCUUUCGAUCGGCCACAAUCGCCCGCCACUUGCCUCAGCCGAUCCACACCUCCCGCCCUUCAACGCGCUCCAUCCCAGGCCCCGCACUCCUUUCCCUGCUCGUCCCGAUCAGCCCGAUUAUAAAUCCACUUCCCUCCACAGCCGCUCCUUCUCCUAUGAUGAUCAGUCUUUGUCCAAGGACAGGCCCAUAGGAUCGGCGGCUUACCUCGACCUGGAUGAUGGGGAGAGACAUGUAUCUCGAACUUCUGUAAUAUCAUCGGUCGGUCUGCUUCGAGUCGAUGUUUGUUGGGUUCCUCCCCGAGUGCAGUGGUUAGGUUCAGUGAGCAGAGCAGCUUGUCCUAAUCCCCAAGAGUCCUCAUCGCCAGCCGAUCCCGAUCAACUUAACAACCAACACCACCAACGUUCCCUCAGUGUGCCGGCCGCCCCCGCCGAUCGAGGAUCGCCCCGGGUCCGAUUCGAGACAACACCUGACCCCUCUAUCUCUCCUCAAGCAGCAGUCCAUUCGCCUCAUCGUGAGGCCCGUGCCGGAGUGCCAUCAUCACCCUUAAUAGCAGUCGCAGUGAGUGAAGCAGGGGCGGAUGAGGGAGGUCCUCAGCAGAGACAGUCGGAUGGCUCCUCUCAAGGGCGGGUGGUGAAGGUAGAGGAGGAUCGGCCAGAUAAGAGCCAGGAUGAGUUUGAGGACGCCGUGAAGCUGAUGAGGAAGCUGGAAAUCGAUCGACUGGCUCGGAGACGGGCCGAGUUGCAGGAUACGAUCUUGCCGAUCAUGAGCCCUGGUAGCACUAUGAAGAGUGCCAGCAGUCCUCCGACGAACACCGGCUCAGCCGCUUCGACCGAGCUCCCCAUCGCCGAGCUCGGCCUAAUAUCCCGGCCCGAAGAAAUCGAUCUCUAUCAUCCACUGCCCGAUGAUACUGAACACCCAGAAUCGAUUGGCUUUGUUUGUCCAUCGAUCUCUGCCCUUGAUGAGAGCCCCCGUCCACUAGAUAAUAUCCAUCCGGCCAUCCAGUCCUCAUCAGCGGCAACCAGCAGCAGCAGCACCACCACCACCACCACCACCACCACCACCACCGGGCGCGCAUCAGCAUCCUCAUCUUCCACUACCCUCCGACCCAUCUACGAGCACGACUCCCACCACUCACUUCAGUUUGCCCUCCUGCCCCUCGCCAACCGGUCUUGCACCACAAGCUUACCCUGGAAAGCCAAACCCACUCCUGCCUCCCCCAUCCCCCGCACCCAAACCAACCCUUGA